AGCUUAAGCACCCCGCAUUAGCUGCCCACCCGCACACUUUGUCAGCCUCUUCUAAUCUCUUCUCUUCCCCUGCGCGGCCACCCCCACCUCCGCGAAGCGCUCGGCCGUGUUUCUCUCGGCUCGUCUCGCUCCCUCCCAUCGUUCGUCGUCCACCAGAGCGCAGCGCUCGUCGGACUCCGCCGCCUGCAAUUCCUCCUGACCCCGGCUUUUAAUGGGCUUUCCCUCCCUCCGACAUGGCCGGCGAUCUCCGCACCCGCGCCGCCGGUGACCGCCCCUCCUCCCCCUCAUCUGCCUCCCUCCUCGCCGCUGCAGGAGGCGGCCCCAGCCCCAGCCUCGGCCCCUCCAGCCUCCUGCUCCACCUGCUCCUCCUCCACUCGCUCUUAUAGCGCCCCACGCCGGCACCUGCGCGCGCCCCCAUGGCCGCCGUCUUCUUCCACCACGUCGUCGGCGACCUCACCUGCGGCAAGCCGGAGGUCUCCGAGCUCCACGACACCGACACGCUCGAGGACGCCGCGCGCGCCAUCGCCUCCAGCCCCGAGGGCGCCGUGCCCGUCUGGCGCCCGCGGGCCGCGCCUGAGGACCCGCCCUCCGGGGUCAGGUUCAUCGGGAUGAUCUCCGCUCUCGACAUCGCCGCGUUCGUCGCCACCGCGGGGGUCGGGGACAGGGCCAUGCGAGCGGUCGUCGGCGAGGUCGUGCAGCCCAACCCCGGGUUGCUCAGGGAGAUCGAUCCGGGUACCAGGUUGAUUGACGCGCUGGAGCUCAUGAGGCACGGAGUGAAGCGCUUCCUUGUUCGCAAGAGUGGGAGCUGGAAAGGCAUUACCAAGAGGUUUUCAGUACUUUAUAAUGGCAAAUGGCUGAAGAAUAUGGAAUCAACAUCUCCAAGCGCAGCGAGCAGCAGCAGGCAGUUGUCCUCGUCUACUGGUUCUGCUUCUGCAGACAAGUUUUGCUGCCUCUCAAGGGAAGAUGUUCUCCGGUUUCUAAUUGGAUGCCUCGGUGCUCUCGCGCCCAUCCCAUUGACUCAGAUAUCUUCCCUUGGAGCCAUCAACCCACACUACAGUUACGUAGAAGCAUCUGCGCCCGCCAUGGAAGCAAUUCAGAAGAUCCCUCAAGACCCAUGCGCCGUUGCCGUAGUGGAGACGACUCCAGAUGGAACCCGUAAGAUACUAGGAGACAUCUCUACUUACAAACUGUGGAAAUGUGACUAUGUUUCAGCAGCAUGGGCUCUGGCAAACCUGUCAGCCGGGCAGUUCGUCAUUGGCGCCGACGAGAACGGGUCAACGCCUAUCUCUGUCCUCCCGGAGCCUCCCAUCAGCCCAUCAUCACCGGUGGAAGAGAUCAGCCCCGGGCGCUCGCCCAGGGCGAAGAAGUUCAGCAGCAGGAGCAUCGGUUUCCAAGCGAACCAGAUGUCGGCAUGGCGGACGCGGAGCUCGUUCCACCGGGGCAGGAGCACGCCGCUGACGUGCAAGAGCACGAGCACCCUCGCCGCGGUCAUGGCGCAGAUGCUGUCCCACCGGGCCACGCACGUCUGGGUGACGGACGCGGAGUCGGAGGAGGACGGCGUCCUUGUCGGCGUGGUGGGCUACACCGAGAUCUUCUAUGCCGCCACCAGAAGCGCCUCCCCGAGCCCGACACCGUCUUCUUGAUGCACCGCACUGUAUUGUACAGUAGACUUGAUCCUGGUGGUCAGCCCCGGUGCACGGCCUCGCACCGAACUGUACACUGUAGUCGUCUGAUCUGUUGGUUUGUCUGGAGAGUUUUUAGAUAUUCUUGGUCUGCGUAGCGCAAGACUUGUGGUAUAUAUUGUUUGCAUUCGAAUAAAGUUUAGGACUUGCCUGGGAGCCUACACCAUUUUGCAUGCUCCCCUGCAGCUGCCAAAUGUACGUAUGGAUGAUACCUUACUCUUUCACAUGUAUAAUUUUUUUUUGAACGGCUUUCACA